AUGGUGGAUGUUCGUGAUAAUUCCAGUGACACCACACACGGGUCGGGGCGCUCGAGAGCCUUGACCGAACCAAGUCGCCCAAAUACCCAGCAGAUGCCCACGCCGCCAAACCCACAGGAUAAUUCGGUCACUGCUGAAAAACCCUCAGCGGAUGUCCGAAAUGACAGCUUGGACCGUCCCAGCUCUUCGCCAUACGAGUCUGGAUCGGGAUUCCAUCUUAUUGACGGAGAUGUCAAUGGCCCGGGCUAUAAUGAGACUACUGUCGACAUCAUCGCGGUACCCUGUCCUGGAGCGUCACCAGUUGAUACCUGGGCAAGAGAUCCAUUGAGCGAUGACUACUUCAACGUCUCCAAUGCAGAACAGUAUCCAACGGCAAGACAGCUGCCGGGAAGUAGCAUUCUCUCGCCAGCAAUCAGUCGACACCUUCCUAGGGCCAAGGAUCUAUGGAUCCUUCAGGGUGUGCGUACAGAAAUUAGCACUGCGCGCGUAUUAUUGUACAGGCAUGGCGAACUCAAUGAGGGAACCACGAUUGACCAGCUCGCUGACGACCUUCUGCAACACCUUUGCCAUUUGCGUCAAGAACAUAGCAAGGCGCGGCCGUUUUUCUUCGUAUGCCAUAGUAUUGGUGGUUUGGUAGUGAAGCAAGCGCUUGUCAAGGCAAGUUUGAAUGAGAAGCUGCGCUGGAUCGUCUUUGACUGCCACGGGACAACUUUCUUUGCAACCCCUCAUCGUGGUUCAAGUUACUUGUCCAUGCCCAAUCUUCGUGAUAGCAUAGAACAUUUGUUAUAUCUCUCCCGGCCGCUUCCACGGUCCAUCAGUGACGGGUUGCGAUUGAACCACCGGCCAUUGCUCAGGCUCCAUGAGCGGUUCAUGGACAUUGCAAGCGAGAUGAACAUAUGGACUUUCUAUGAAACUAUCGAUUCUCAAUUGUCUGGCCUGGGCAUGUCAGAGUUCGACGAGGUACAUUUUAGUGCGCCACUUGCUUCGAUCAAAUCUAGUCUUGUCGGCAGCCGUCAUGAACAGGCACUUUCGCUCGAGAGUGAGCACGCCAAAUGCGCAUCAUUCGGUCCAAAGAAUACUCGGAUCAUGGAAUCUUAUCUGGAGGAUCUGCACCAGGCUGUCAACAAGGCACAGAAGCUGAGCGCUGACUAUAUCCACACUCCUUUGCAUCUUCCGGAGCACGUCAAACUGGAGCUCAUUGGCUUCUACGACGAUCCCAACCCGGACACUGUAUCUGAUGUGCGGCUCUAUGUCUCCAAGCACAAGUUGAACGAAUUCUUGGAAAAGGGACCCGAGAGGUGUUUGAGUGAACGGCUCAACACAAAAGCCACCAAGCCACGUCGCGCGAGUAUAAGACCAGCUUCUCGCACGAGGCCUACCAGUGCGGGUGGAUUGAGCCACCUUGGUGCGGGAGCGUUGGGAAUUUGGAGCAACGUGCAAGAUUUCGGGUCAAGGAUACUGCAUAGUGCAAGAUCACAGUCGGAUACCACUGUCGAUAGUCCGGAGCAGGCGGAAGGGCCUCAGAUCGUCGUGACAAGCCAUACACAGCGUCCAACCCUUGGCGACACUCGAUCUGCAGCAUCUGCGCCCGCCAUUGUUCCGUCUCGGCGCAGCCGUGGACUCACUGUGCCAGCCCUUGCCACUCCAGAUUUCCGGACGCCCAGCAGCCGUGAAAGCAGCCCAGGUCGUGGCACUGAUAGUGACAAAACAUCGCGAACAUUGUCAGAGCCUCUAGGAUCCGAUGUCUCGCCUCGUACCGCUGGCGAGACUGCGCCGCUCGCACAACAACUGACAGGCGAUGCUCCGCUCAACCUUGACGAGAAGGAGUAUGCCUCUACCUCGGGAGACCGCAAACACAGAUCCAGUCGUGCAUCAGCACUCGAGGACCUCACUGCUGGCUUUUCGCGACCGGAUCCGUCAAAAAGAAAGUUCAUGUGGAUUCAUCUACCCUAUACUAAUCCGCAAUGGGUCAAGACGAUAUUCGAUAAGCUGUCCGAGACUCAACAUCGUAAUUACUCAAACCUUUUGCGAAACCAGUACUGGACAGGGAGACAUGUCCAAGGCCGCCACGGCCAGAUUCAUGCAUCAUACGUCCGGCCUGGUUGUGCAUUUGUUCCGGCAGAAGCAAGUAAGUCGUGUUCACCACGUCCUACUUCUCCUGAUCUGAGUGGGCGAAACAGCCCUGCGCUCAACAGCCCAGACCACUUUUACCUGUAUCUUCCUUACCUACAUUUUGAUACGUACCGGAAUCUCAUUCGUCGCCGCAAUAUUGUUCGCAGGCGGCUUGAACACGGGAGAGCGAGACCGGUUCCCAAAGAUGUGGCUGAUAUGUCUCUGGACAUUCGUGUUAUCUGGGAAUACCUUGGCCAUGAUCCACCAUUAAACACGCGGCGGACUCUGGAUCAGUACGGAUAUCCAUCUCUUCGGGACACUUACGCGCGUGAUGACGACCAGAUGAUGUAUAAGCUCACCAAAGAACGAAUCUCAGGGCCGACCGGCAGGAAGAAUACAGACAUGUUUGGGACUCGAGCGAUGAAGGAGCAAACGCCCAUCUCACCAGCCAGCCGGUUUGCGUCGAUCGUCAAUACGGUCAAGGCCGAACUUGUCAUGCACGACAAGAACGAAAGCCCCGGGGAUGCCGAGGAUGAUAUCCUCGAUGGUAAUAUCCUUAUGGUUGACCAGUUAUGGCUAUGGUCUGUAGAUAUGACCACAAUCACGACGUUUUUUCCCAAAAGGGAAUCGCAUCCGACCGAGGGACCCAUGUUCCAGCAAGCAGAUCUCAGGAACAGUAUUUAUAAUGAGCUCAACGGCGACUUGUCCGGACGUUGUGACAAUGCGCUGGACCUUGCAGCCUUUAUCACAUUGCACGCCGUGACUGUGUUACUCGAUCGUACCUCGCACCCCGAUCUGGAAAUCUUUCGCAUUUUCGAAGAGGCCAUUGGUAUUCUGACAGAGCGCAUGACGUCGUCGCUCAAGAGAUUCCGAAUGCAGACAUUUCGAGAACGAAUCCAUGAGUCGGAAUCCGAUUCGGAAGACUAUGAUGAUAAUCGUUCUGAAUCGAUCAAGCAAAGACACAAGCGAGAGCUAGAACAGGCGGAACGCGAGAACCGUGAAAAUACUUCGGCUCUACUGGAGUUGCGCGAUAUGGAUGACGAGCUCAAGACGCUGUCAAACUUGUUCCGCGAGCAGACAACUGUGAUUGAAAAGAUGAGAAGUCUCUACGAGGACCGCGACGAGCUGCGGGAGCACACACACAACGGCCGGCGCUACCUCGACGAAGCCCUGUCGCGGCUCGCCGACUACGAGCAGCAGGUCGAGGACAUGACGGUCCGCAUCGCUGCCACCCGAAGCGACUACGAAAAGCUUCUCGAGAUGGCGCAGCGCAAGGCUCAAGUAGACGAGGUCCGCUGGAGCCGGCUGCAAACAGAACUGGCCAGCACGCAGAACCUCAGUGUCAUCAUCUUUACCACGUUCACCGUCAUCUUCUUGCCGCUCAGCUUCUUCACCAGUCUCUUUGGUAUGAACACGGCCGACUGGGCUGGCGAGGACGGUACGGCCUACAUGACCCUUUCCACCAUUGGCGCAAUAUCUCUACCGGGCUCAUUUGCCCUAAUAGCGGUAGCCUUGAUUGCGGCAUUCAGUAGUCGUGUGCAGGGUUUCUUCAAAUCCACCUUUGAAGGAAUGAAAGGUGGCUGGGAGGGUAUCAAGGAGAGCAUGGCCAAGAUGCAGUCAGACAGUCGAAAAGAAGCCAAAUUGACACGACGUCGACUCAGACAGGAAAGAGAAAAGCUGAGCAGAGCCAAGAAGGAAAGGUCCUAUGAUUUCUGGGAGGCCGUCAGGAUGCAGAGGCAGUCCACUUAUCGGAUCCCGGAUCUCAACCGGAGAGAGCCGGCAAGAUAUGCGCUGGCAAAAAGGAAGACUUUAAGAAAGAGUAUAUGGAAGGACCUCACGACAUGA